UGUGGAGGAAAGUGGAGUUACUUUGAAACUUCCUCCUAAACAGUGCUGUGAGGUUCUGGACACCCCAGAUUCUGUCUGCAAUACGGAGAUUGGCAAUGGGAAAAUAAAUCAGACUGUUGGGGCCAGCAGGACAAUUGGUGCAAUCUAACCACUGUAAUGUUAAGUACUGAACAUGAAUAUGAGAACAACAUUGCUCGAGUCAAAGCAGAAACUGCAAAUGAAUCUUCCAAAUGGGAAAAGAGCCAACGUUUUCAUCCAGUUUUUGAUGCAACAAUUGGACCACCAGCAGUGACACUGAAGACUCGCCAUACUUCAAUUCUGUUAAAUAUAACAGUUCCAUGGGAAGUACAACAGAGCAAAUACCUGAAAGAAUCAGUGAACAAAAUGCACUUCAGAAUUACUGUUUCACAAAAGGAUUCAGAGAUUACCAUUAUACAAGUGACAACAAGCAGUACAUGGAAUAUAUCUAACUUGACUCCAUGGUCACAGUAUUGCCUCGGUGUCCUAAUGAAUUUCCCUGAUAUCAAGAAAACCAGUCUUCCAAGCUCUGAACAAUGUGUGUUACUAAAAGGUAUGGAAUCGAAAGGUAUCAUAACAGGAUCACUCGUGGCAGCAAUUGUAGCUUUUGUAUUGGUUUGCCUUCUGGGAAUCUAUGUAGCUUUGAGCAGAUAUGUUUUGAAUCCCAAAAUGAAUCUUCCUUCUAAUCUGACUUUACAGGGGCUACAUUCAAAAGGAAUCAUUCACAUUGAAGAUGAACAUAUUUUUAUUUCAUCAGAAUUGGAGAACACAGAACUUGCUAAGUAUAUAUUAGAAACAAAGGAAAGUUAUCAAGAAAGCCCCUUGUGCAACAGAUAUAUUUCCAUGGAAUCAUGUCGAAAAUACUAUGUUAACUGCAUGCAAAAUGAGCUCCAUCACAGCUUUGACAAAACUUUUCAACUGAGGAACCCAUCCUAUACCAGAAAUGCUUUUGAAACACGUUCUGUGCAAAGCCACAUUUUUCAGAAAGCACCAACAAAAUGUAGAUAUUCAAAUUUGAAGGAAAACUUAACAUAUGUUUAUCCUCCCAAAUCUUCUGAGCAACCAAAUAUUAACCCUGAAUAUAUAAAUCAAGAUGCAGCAGCAUCUUAAAUCUUACAUCUGUCAUACAUGUAAUCCUUUAAAGUAUAUGUCAACCCCAAAAAUGUUUUUUUUGCCUAAUAAAAGAAAACAUAAUUCUAA